UUCUCCAAUUUUUGCACCUUCAUUGAAUGUGUUAACGAAAGUGAAACCAUGGCGUCUCGAAUCAAAGAAAUAGGAACCGUCUGUCGGUUUUGCUUGUGCAAAGAAGGAUUAAUUGCCAUGUCGGAUGCAAUUGGUUCGGUGUUCGCUGCGGAGGACGUGCUGUAUUACACGGGGAUUCAGAUAUCUGAAAAAGAAGAGCUACCCUACGCCAUCUGCCAUGUUUGCUGUAAAGUUAUAAGAAACUCAGUCAGGUUUCGCAGCACGUGUUUGAAAAAUGAUACCAUCAUUAAAAAGCUACUUUCGUUACUAAAGGCAGAAAAAAGUACUAACGUACCCUUUGAGUAUCCUGCUCCAAGCAUGGGAACCUUCGGUGGAAACACCCCCAGAAGUAAUACUGAGACAAUAACGUUGGAUGAAUCUGAUUCCGAUGAUUCUCCCCCAUCGCUUCACGGAGAAGCUAUGCAAGAGGCUUCGAAUGAUAUUGCACCAUCCGUAGAAAAUGGGCAAAGAAUAACAUCUUCUACCACCGAAAAGGAAUCUGUGGAUCAUGGGGGCUGUGUAGAGAAUGAAAAAAGUACUUCCAAUGAAAUGAUGAACCAAAAUGACGAAUCGGUGGAUCUUAUGUCGAAAGAUGAUAGUGAUUCUGAUAGCUCUCUGCCUUCACUGUAUGGCGAAUCUAUGGUUCCUCCUGUUAAAAAUGACUCAUUUAUUAAAGAUGCGAACGAAGGCAAAGAAAUGUGUCAUUUAUGCGGUACUUUUCAGCGCUAUUUCUAUAACCAUAUGAAACGAGUGCAUCAGAAGAAGCAUACGUUUUCAUGCCCAUAUUGCCCGAAACAACUGUCCGAAAGAUAUCAUCUUAAAGAUCACAUCAACACAUGGCAUAAGAAGCACAUAAAGUUUACAUGUCCACACUGUGGUAAAGGAUACACUAAUUAUGACGGCUACUUCUACCAUUUAGAAAACUCCCAUGGAAAGAGCAACUCGUAUGAGUGCGAAACAUGCCACAAGAAAUGGAAGUCUAUCGAUUCAUACAGAAAACAUAGGCGAACACAUUCGGUGACUGCUAUUACGUGUAAGGACUGUGGAAGGAUUUAUAAAAACAAUGUAACAUUCGAGCAACACCUACUUCAAUAUCAUCCCACAUAGGAAUGUGGUGGGAUCGGAUUGUAAGCAACACUUGUCGAGAUAUGAAUAUUCGAUGAUUUUGUAGGAGCACUUUUGCUGCCAUAAUCGGGCUGGUUCAGAACAAUUCGAAGUCACUUGAAAAGGACCUGUUUGUAAAUCAUGCGCUGUGUUUCUGCUGGCGUUAACGCUUGGUUUUUUUAGGAUCCUCACAUAGGCUAAUGAAGUAUUUUUCUAUGUUGAGAACUAUCGCAGCAUUAAAAAUUAUUUAAAUUAUUUGUAACGGAGGAUUAUUCGAAACAUUGAUUGUCUAC